AUGGAUGUAUCAGAAUCUCCGCCAAACUCCUCCCACCGUCAGCACCAGCGCAACCACCGCUACCACCCUCACCCACAAAACACCUAUGCAGCAGCACCAUACCAAACUAACCCCGACACCGACACCACCAAUGCUCCCAUUACCCCCGAUACCUCUCCUUCUUCGAUCACUCAUCUCCGAGCCGUUAGCAGAAUGGUCAACUCUGACGAUAGUGAAGGAGACAACUCGACUCCGACACAAAGCACCAUCUCCAAAUCCUCGUCCUCAUCAUCGAUGCGUUCGCUCGUGGCACAAGGAGAAAUUUUGAGCAGAGGUGGCCCUUGCCGGACUAGUUUGAGUGUCAAGCCUGUUUCUGCAUCUACCACCGUCAACGUCUCGCUCCCUCCAAGUUCUGAUCCUGGACCUUCCACGUCGAAUACUUCUGGUCGCCGGCGCCACCACCAGGAUAUGUCCCAGACUCGAUCCCAACAAUCCUUAGUCUCUGUAUCAGGAGGUUUCAACCCGCUUUUGAUUUCAAGGAGUGGCGGUAAUAGCAGUGACCUGGACAGCAACAACGGCAGCAAAAGUACCCACGAAAGCGAAAGCAGCAAUGGCCCCGAUUCAAGCUCCUGCUACCCUUCGCCCACCAGCCCCGACCCACCCUCGGCCGUAGCAGCAGCAACACUCGAACGGAUUCAGAAGCGGAUUACGCAAGGUCAGAGUCAGCUUGUUCAGUACACCGACAUGAUCCACAAGCACGAGACAGACCUGACUGGGUAUGUGACCCUCCAGUCCUGCCAGCAGAAGCGACGAGAGGCCCUCGAGAAUGAGAUUGAAGUUCUGGAAAGCGCUAUCCGACAAGGUCCUUCUACCCCUGUGUCACCACUGUCGACCUUGAAGUCGACUUUGACUGAGCGACGGGAUCUACUGAGGAAUGUCCAACGGAGCAUCGACCAGGUCCAACAAAAGAUUCAUUCCACCAACUCUCAGAUCCGACAUCUGCAGCGGACGUUUGUGUUGCCCAUUGAGACGUGUCUCCAGGAAGAUCAGGGCGAGUUGGGACGAUUACUACAGUUGCAAAUGCCUCAGUCACAGAGGGAGAGGGAACAGCAGCAGCAUCAACAGUAG